CAGGAGGAGCACAUCUUCAUCCAAGCAUCCAUUCCACAACUGCCUGCCAUCGUCUACGCACCGCCGACAGCAGGCGUGUGUUUAUCCGCUGCUUGAUAUAUAUUUAUAUUUUUUAACUCAGCUGGGAUUAUUUUCUUUGUUGCAUUUCUAUCCUGCGAGAUGGUUUCGUGUUUUAAUCGCGUCCUAUAAGGAAGAACGCACUCGAGACACGGAGCAUCACCGUGAUAUCGCAGUUAUUUUCACACUGAGCUGGAAAUUUGCAGUGGCCAUCCUGACACGCAGACUGAGAGCUGAAAUACAACAGCCAAGGUGGUUCUAAUCCCCUCAGAGAGCUCGUUACAGGACAAUCCCCUCUAGCGCUUUAGAUGCCCAGCAGCAGCCUGUAGCCCGGGACUCUCAGCUCCCAGAAACAUUGAGGCUUUAAGACCCUCAGGACUUCCCCCCCUUCCCAACCUGCAGACCUUCUUCUGAACCAGUGCGGCUAAAGCCCCUGGAAGCCUCCCUGCAGUUACCAUGGGAACCGUGCUGUCUUUGUCACCCAGCUACCGAAAGGCGGCCCUCUUUGAAGAUGGACCGGCCACUGUGGGCCACUACACAGCCGUCCAGAACAGCAAGAACGCCAAAGACAAGAACCUGAAGCGCCACUCGCUCAUCAACGUACUCCCUUGGAAGCGGAUCGUAGCAGUGUCAGCCAAGAAGAAAGGUUCCAAGAAGGUGCAGCCCAAUGGUACCUACCAGAACAACGUUACCCACCUGAACAAUGAGAACCUGAAGAAGUCGCAGUCAUGCGCCAACCUGUCCACCUUCACCCAGGAUCAGAGCACUCCAGCUCUCACCAAGACCUCCAACAAUACAACAUCAUCUGUCAAGAAGGCCCCCCUGACAAACUCCAAUGUGGCCCCUGGCACCCCUAAGAGAGUGAUCGUCCAGGCCUCCACCAGCGAGCUGCUGCGCUGCCUCGGUGACUUUCUGUGUCGACGUUGUUACCGGCUGAAACACCUGUCACCCACUGACCCAGUGCUGUGGCUGCGCAGCGUUGACCGCUCCCUGCUGCUCCAGGGCUGGCAGGACCAGGGAUUCAUCACCCCUGCCAAUGUGGUCUUUGUCUACAUGCUGUGCCGUGAUGUAGUCUCCUCUGAAGUGGCCACGGAGCACGAGCUGCAAGCCGUGCUGCUCACCUGCCUCUACCUGUCUUACUCCUACAUGGGAAACGAGAUCUCUUACCCACUCAAGCCAUUUUUGGUGGAGAGCUCCAAGGAGACCUUCUGGGACCGCUGCCUGUCCAUUAUCAACCUGAUGAGCUCCAAGAUGCUGCAGAUCAACUCUGACCCGCACUACUUCACUCAAGUGUUUGCCGACCUGAAGAACGAGAGCCAGAAGGAGGAGGAGAGGAGCCGCCUGCUCAUCGGCCUGGACCGGAGGGUGAGGGCCAUCGCCUGACUGGCUUUCUUCACGGAUGAGCAGGCACCCCCGGCUGAAAAACCUGCCUCUCUGGAAUGCCAACACCCAUGUCCCCUCCAUUAAUACAGAUACGACCGGACAUUUUUCCCUGCGAUGCAUAUCUGGCCAUCUAAGGAAAGGACAGCGGGGGCCAUCAGUGCUGGAUCCAUAUUUUCGUGGGUUUCUGUUUACGGCUCUACACUGACCGGAUGGACAAUAAGCACUGCAUUGUGGGACUUUUGAUAAAAAAAGAAAAAAAGACAACAGCCAGUGGACAUGUGGCCAGUCACAAGUGGUCAUACUGUGUGUGCUCAGAAAGACCUACUUUAUUUUCAUCUAGAAAAAAAAUAAAGCCAGUUAAUGGAUGUUUUACUCCGAGGCUUGCACCUGUGGAGGUUAUUUAUUGCUUUUCUGAAACAAGUUUUCUUUGAUUUUUUUUUCUUUCUUUUUUUACUUAGAAAUGUAAUGUUUUGCAUGUGUGCCAUGCAAUUUUACAGUCUCCAGGAGGGCAGGAGCAGUUCUUCUUCUUUUUACUUGAUUUGUAAACCAACUGCAUCUGCAUUAGAGAAUGCUGUGAACAAAGUGACACUAGUUUAUUUAGCUAUGCUUGCUAAAAUAGGCUAUUUGUUUACCAGGGAAAUUCUUUUUUGUACUUUUCGUCGCUAGGUUGUGUCGCAACCGUUUUGGAAUGAUGUUUGAUUUUGUGCUUCUGAUUCAGCAUAGAAAAUGUUAAAACAGUGCCAUAUCUUUGAUUGAAAACUCCACAAGUCUGAGAAAAGCCGGCGCUGUUUGACCAGCUGUUGAAUGAAAGGUGGAUUUUCAUCAUAUGCUAAUAUACAGACACCUAAUUUAUUGCCAUUUAUGUAUUAUUUAGGCACAUUUAAUGUAAAUGAGAGACUGUGAUGAGAGACUUUAAGGGAAGGACACGAAGAAGGGGUGAAGGGGGUUGCUGGUAAAGCAGGUUUGCUUAUCUUUGGUGGGAAUGAAGAUUGAUCUGGUUUAUGCUAAUGAAUGUUGCAGGGACUUAUCAAUGGAUAUCUAAUUAAAAAGCCCUUAGAUCAAAACCAUGUUUGAAUCUGACCAUCACUGAGGUGGCAUCCUCAAGGACACUCUGACACUCACUGAGCUGAAAGUUAUGCUCUGAAAACAUCUUUAUGUCCUGCGACACUGACCUGAAUCAGGAGCUAACCCAAACCUGCUGUCCCACAUAUCAGUAACAGAAAGCACAAACCAUUUUUAUGCCAGAAUAAGUGAUUUAAAUCACAAUGACUCCUUCAGCUCCACUGCAGAAAAGCACAGCUUACCCUUAGGAUAAUCCAUCAGCAUCGCCUCUGUGUGACAAUGUGAGAUGAAAGCAGCCUGCGUAACAAUAAUCAUAAUUUUGAUCAGAGACUACAAAGAUGUGGAAUAACCUGAACAGAAAGCACGCAGAAUAACUGAGAUAGCUCCUCAUUUUUCCUAACUUAUAUUACUAGACAAAUGACAGUAUUUGCUUUUAGAAGUUUCACAGUUGGUGUCUUUAGAGAAAUUGCGCACACUUGUUUUGGUUGCAGUAUUCUGAAAAUCUGCCCAGAACGCUGGCAGUGCCAACAGAACGCUCUCGUCAGGUUCCCACAGAAUGAAAGGCCCCCCCCUCUCGCUGCUGUGUCUGUGUGAAUCAAAGGAAAUGAGGAGCUCAGGCAGUCACGACCUGUGGCUUUCUCUGCUGUGGAUGUGGAGUCACACACUGGCUGAGGAGACAGUUCAUUUGGAGGGAUUUGCUCUGGCACAAUAGGGGGACAUGCACUUUGGAUGGGCUUCUGCUCUGGCAGAAAAAAGCAGGGCAUUUGGGAUACAGGGCCUCAAACAGUUACUCCUCCCGAAUCUUUUUCUCUCUGUCCACACACCCACUUGAAAUGUGCCAUGUUUUUUCACUUGCAUCAUUCAGUAGUUGUUUGAGAAAAUACUUUCCAAAUCUUAUAAAAUAUGAAAAAAAAAACCUCAUGUGAUAGUUAACGAUUUCUGUCAAGUUCUUUUCUGUAUCUUGUUGCGUACUUUGUAGAUAAAACAAGGUGAUUAAAAUCAAAAAAGUCGAAGGCUGCAUGUGUGAGCGAAUGAAUGAACAGACACGUGUGUGUGUGUGUGUGUGUGAGUGUGACAGCAUUUUAAUUGUACAGAAGAAUGUGUGACAUGUUGUUUUCCUAUGAACGAGGAGCAUUCUCCAACCACACUGGUACUAGGACUUGGUUUUCCCUUGAUGGGCUGAGGGAGGGGUGUUGAUGAUAUUCAAUAAAAAAAACGUUCAUUUUUUUCUGAAGAAGACAAAAAACCUGUUGCUGUAAUUGAAACAUUUUUUGAGUUUGUUUCUGCUUAUUUUAAUUUAUUUUUGUACUGUGAUGGAAAAAUAAAAUGCACUGAUCAUUCAA